CAGAUUUCAAAAAUUUACAAACUAAACGAAACUUCUGAUUUUGAUUGAGUUUUAUAUCAUUAUUAAAUUAUGUCUCCAGCCAACUCAUCAGACAAGAAGCAAUCCGCCGGUGCCAGAAUUCUUGGUUCUGCCUCCGCAGGGAUCUGUGAAAUUGCAGUUUUUCACCCUGUUGACACUGUUUCUAAGAGAUUAAUGUCUAACCAAGGGAAGAUUUCUUCUGCCACUCACUUGAACUCUGUUAUUUUCAGAGAACAUGCCCAACAAGCUUUAGGUAAGAGAUUAUUUACUCUUUUCCCUGGUUUGGGUUACGCUGCUUGUUACAAGAUUCUCCAAAGAGUUUACAAGUACGGUGGUCAACCAUUUGCCAAUGAAUUCUUGACCAAGAACUUUAAGGAUAGUUAUGAAUCCUGGUUUGGUCCAAAGACCGGUAAGGCUCUUUUGUCUGCCACUGCUGGUUCUUUGAUCGGUAUUGGUGAAGUUGUCUUGUUGCCAUUGGAUGUUCUUAAGAUUAAACGUCAAACAAACCCAGAAUCUUUCCGUGGUAGAGGUUUCCUCAAGAUUUUGUCUGAUGAAGGUUUCGGUCUUUACAGAGGUUGGGGUUGGACUGCUGCUAGAAAUGCUCCAGGUUCCUUUGCCUUGUUCGGUGGUAACUCUUUUGCCAAGGAAUACAUUUUUGGUCUUUCUGACUAUUCUUCUGCUACUUGGUCUCAAAACUUUGUUACUUCCAUUUUCGGUGCUUCUGCUUCUUUGAUUGUUUCUGCUCCUUUAGAUGUUAUCAAGACUAGAAUCCAAAACAAGAACUUCGAUAACCCAGAAUCUGGUGUCACUAUCUUGAAGAACAUGUUCAAGAACGAAGGUAUCACUUCAUUUUUCAAGGGUUUGACUCCUAAGUUGUUGACCACUGGUCCAAAGUUGGUUUUCUCCUUUGCCUUGGCUCAAUCCUUGAUUCCAGCUUUUGACAAGCUUUUGAAGUAAACUUAUUUAUCACUGUAAAUAGAGGGAGUUUUUUUUUUAGAGCUCGAAUUUUUAAUAUUAGUAUGUAAUACAAAAUAUUUAAUGUAAGAAUGG